AUGUCGGACCGGGAGCUCACCAGCUCAGUCACGCAUUGGCAGGGCCUGUGUUGGACCCCCGAGUUCCAGCCGGACGCCACUUCGGCAGACGCAGGCUUGGGGAACGGCUUCGCGGACGCAGAGGACCACGAGGCGGGCGUACGCACGAUCAGAGUUGCCUUCGCGGCAAGUUUGCCGCGUCGCAGCAUGCGCGGCGAGGGCAUGGUGAGUUGCGUGAGCGAGUCGGAGGCCCCAGAAGCCCUGUACGACUUUGCGAGGCGCGGCAAGGCUGCCGAGGCAAGCCUGCUGCUGGACCGAGGCCUCAGCCCUGACGCCUUCAUGGCCUACGACGGCGGCACCGCCCUGGUCACGGCUGCCCGCGGCGGGCACGCGUCCGUCGUGGAGCUCCUCCUGCGCCGCCGUGCGUCCCUGGACGUCCACACCGACGACGGCAGCAGCGCCCUCCUGCACGCCGCGCACGGCGGCAGCUGCGCCGCCCUCGCAGCUCUGCUGCGAGCCCGCGCCGACCCGGGCGAGGCGAACGAGGACGGCGUCACGCCCCUGAUGCUCGCCAGCGACAGGGGGCACCGGGAGGCCUUGCGGCUGCUGCUCGGCGCUGCCGCCGACGUGGGGGCCACCGCGGACGGCUUCGGCUCGGCGUUGGACUUCGCCGCACGGUCGGGGCACGAGGAGGCCGUCGCCGUGCUGGAGUCCGCUGGGGCACGGGCGGCUGGCGCGGGCCUGGACCUCGGGCUGGAGCGGUACCUCGUGGUCUCAUUUUCGGUGUCCACAUCUUGCCAUUUCUGCUGCUUGAGGUUUUCGUUGAAGUGGUACUUCUCCCUGUUCUCGCACAUAGUUACCGUGCCCGACGACGUGCCCACCAUCAACCAGGCGAUCAACCGGCUGGCGCGGCGUGAGGAGGGCUCGCACCCGCGUUGCGAGGCGAGUCGCGGCAUCGUGCUUGUCAGGCCCGGCGUGUACGCGGAGAGCGUGCGCGUGACGCAGAAUUGCUAUGUGCUGGGCCUCGGCCGGCGCCGGGGCGUGGUCGUGGAGGCGCCAGGCUGGGAGAGCGCCCUGGUGUUCUCUGGACUCGGGGUACGCGGCUUUCAGCACGGCGAGGACUCCUGCAUCGCCAAUAUGACCUUCAGGUGCCGCAACGACCUGAUGCGUGGACGCUGCGUCUACAUCGUCUUGGGCCAGCCAGCCCUGCGGCACUGCGACGUGGAGGGCGGCGUGCAGGUGAGCGGUUGCGGCACCGCCCCCCUGCUGCACGGGUGCCACGUCCGUUGCUCUUGGGCGAGCGGCGUGCACUUCACCGACCACUGCCGCGGCUCGCUGCGGGAGAGCGUGGUGGCGCGCAGCCGCCGCCACGGCGUGCUGGUGGACCGGGGCUCCGUGCCGGCCGUGGCGGGGAACAGGAGACCGCGCUGCAACGAGUUCGGGCACGAACGCUACGCGGCGCUCGGGCCAUUGCGAAACGACUUGUUCUGCGCCGCCGAGUACAGCGCCGUCACUUGCGCCUUGUUCGGCCUGUGGUUACAGCUGUGCGUGUCCAAGUGGACGAACGUCAGUCUGGCGACGCCUUGGAAUCUCGACAGCGUGGAGCUCGGAGGCCACGCAUGGCAGAACGAAACCGACGGGGGCGCUGUGGCUUGGCUGGCUCACGCUGACGCGGGGCCUGGCGGCGUUGCCACCCAAGACAUUGUCGCCCAAGCCCGCUCGCGGGUCGAUGGCCAGAUAGGCGCGGAGCGCGGGGUGGAGAUGACAAUCGCCCGGGCGGAGCUGGAAGGCAGCGCGGAGAGUGGCGCAGCCGCGGGCAGCGCGGAGGUGAGCCGCGCGGAGAGGGAAGCGAACUUGACGUGGGUCGCCGGCGAGCUGAAAGAGGAGCCCACGUGCCCGUGGCAUGGGGCGGCAGAGUCUGAGCUGGGCGCCCACGUGCUGCAGGAGCAUGAGAGCAUUUUGUCGCGCGUCGCUGCCGACCUCGCGCGUUUGGAGACGGACGUCGGCCAGAGGGAGGAUGCCCAGUACUUGUCGGCGCACGACGAGGCGAGUGCGCGGAAAUUGCACGACAAGGAUGGGAAUGGGAUGGGAAAGGAGAAGGACGCGGACGGGGAGGACAGCGACAAGGGCAAGGCGGGGCGACGCGGGCCGCCUCCCUCCGCGGGGCGCGCCAUGCCGUCCAUCGCGGGCCUGCCCUCGCUGCUCGAGGGCCUCGAUCCCGCCGCCCGCUCCGAUGUGGAGCGGGUGUUGCGCGUGCGCGAGCUCGUCGGCUUCGGGGAGGUGUCGGAACCCUUGCGCGCCAAGGUCGCCUGCUGGUGCGGGGGCGCGGCUACCGCCUCGGGGCCCCCGCGGCAGGAGGACGAUGCGGCAUCGGAGGCUUGGAGGCAGGCGGAGCGCCAGCGGGUGGUCUCCGUGCACAGCUUGUGGACGUUCGAGACCGCGAAUUUCAACGUGCUCCGCGCCGCGCGACCCCUGGGGGCGGGCCACCGGGACGCGGCGCGCAGGGGCCCGGAGGACGCGCCGCAGGGCCCGGGGCUGUGCGACUUCUGCGACGUGGAGCGACUGACCUGCGCGGGGGUGCGCCUGGGGCAACUUGCGCCCGCGGCGGAGAUCGGGGGCGCGGCGAACCGCGAGGGAACUGGCCAGAAGUGGAAAGGCACGGUGGCGAACCUACGGCAACUGUUCGUGCAUAUCCUUCUGGUGAAGAUUGUUGUCCUCAUGAUGAUGCUAGUCAAGAUCCACCCGCACAUGCAGUUGCAGCUCUUCGACGCGCCAGUCGCGCAGGAGGCCCUCCUGCUGGAGCAGUGCCGCCGCUACCGCCAGGCCGCCCCGGGCGCCUCCUCCGCUGGGGGGCUGGUGCCGGACCUGGCCGGGGCCCACGCGCACCUCGGGCUGGCCUUGGAGGACCCCCCCGACGGCGCGGCCGCCUGCUGGGCCUCGCUGACGCCGCGCGUGGGCGGCGGAGAGCUCUGCGCCCUCGGGGCGGAGGGCGUCGCGGCGCCUGCGUGGCCCAGGCUGGCCGCGCUGGCGCCAGCCCUCGGCGUCAUGCUGGGCGCCCUGCGGCGGUGCGGGGCGGAGGGCAUCUCCGUGGUGGCCUGCUUGGCGCCAGUGGCCGGCGGGGCCCAGGCCUCCUGGCUGAUUCGUUGCGCCAACCGUGGCCGCGCGGAGGCUCAGGUGGCCGACGCUGGCAGCGCGGAGCUCGGCGGCCUGACGGGCUCGGGCUCCGACCCGUACCUGCAGUUGGCCGCCCUCCGCGCGGAGGCGUCGGAGCGGCGGGGCCCCGCCGGCGAGGCAGAGCAGCGGCGAGAUGCCGGAGAGCCCCCGCUGGUGGCCCGGACGGUGCCAGCGCGGAGUGCCGGCGCGGCGGAAGCCCUGCGAAGAGGCAGAGGCGAGCCUGAGCGGCAGGCGGCAGAGCAGGCCACCGCCCAGGAUGAUUCGGCGGCGCGCGAAGGAGGAGGCGAGAUGGGGCAAGCGCCUUCUCAGAGGGCGGCGGGGCCGGUGGGCGCCCGCCAAAACGCUGCCCGAGAAGGAGGGGCGCGUAGCACCAUGAGCAGGUCGAACUCGAGCUCGCCGCGGCCGCGCCGCACCCCACCCUGGGCGAGCCCCGACGCUGGCGCGUCACGGUCUGAGGCGGCCUCCUCUGUGCGCUAG